AUCAGGAUUACUGAACCCGGCCUCGAGCGUUCCAGAAUCCAGUAGAGUUUCAAAGAAAGCCGAGUAGACAGACAGACAGACAGACAUGUUGCAAAGAGCCUAGACCGACGACGACUCCAUCAAUGAGCCUCCACACCGGGACAGAACAAUCAGCCAUGGACGGAGGGAGAGGAGGUGGAGAAUGUGAAAAGGGGGGGAACCGAAGAAUCAAGCUAUUCUGCCCCUCCGUCUCGAAGAUAAUCCAGAUCAUUGCAGCGGAUGAGCAGAGACUCGACCUUGGCUCCAUUGCUCGGGCGUUCGGGCUCGACCCCACCACUGUCAAGCUCAACGGUCACUUCAUUAGCAGAGGCGUCGAUCUCAUAGCCUCCUCCGUCACGUGGAAGUCCCUGAUUGGCUUCUUCUCCUCCCGUGGGCUGUCUACUGGCGCCACCGACUCCGACGCCCUCGUCGUUGAUGGAAAGCUCUCGAAAAUUGGCUGCAAAAGAUCACAUGGCAUAGAAGAUGCUGGAAAUUGGGUUCUGAACAUGGGGGGAAAAGGGUGCUCUAGAGAUAACAAAAGACUGCAGUGUGAGCAUUCCAGAUUUCUCAACAACGAGAAAGUGAUAAGCUGUAAUUCAGGCGUUAUUUUAGGACAAGUAGAUAUGACUCAACAUAACACCUUCCGUUUGAAGAGAAAGCAAUGCCUGGAUGAUAGAAGAGACAGGAAGAGGACAAAAUUCAAGGAAGAUGUUCUGGGUUGGCAAGACAGGAAAUGUAAUGCUUUGAAAAGCAUAUCUUGCAGCUUUCUCAGUAGAACCAUGAAACGAGUGAGAGGCGAAUGCUACAAAAUGGUUGCUGCUUCUGCCGUUAAGAGAAGCAAGAUCUUAGAAGCACCAUAGACGACGAUCUAUCCAAAGGAAGUCUUUUGUCAAAUCUUGGUUGACGAGUAGGAAUGGGACAAAAUCCUUUGGUAGCCACUCUUCUCAGCGCAACCUUGAAUUCUAAUGUAUUUCGGCGAUUAAUCCGAGUGGUGGUCCCUUGGAUGUAGCCAUGAAAGCGGUUUAGAAUUCCUAGUCGUCCUUCUUGUCAUUGAAGAAUUAAAUGGCCAUGCUUGGGGAGAAAGUUUUGGUCUUGCUUGUGAAGUUUAUGGUAUCAUAUAGUAUUUCUUAGCUUUGUUGAAAUUAAUGAUGUAGUCGUUGGUGCUACGGUUAUUUUA